AUGCGUACGCGCAGGGGCCAGGAGUGAAGAUGGCGGACGAGAACACGGACGGGGAUUUGGAGCGGAGUGGCCAAGGCUGGGCGGAUGAGGACACGUUUUAUGCCAUGGAGAGUUUGCAGGCGACGCUGCAGCACCUCGAGGCCGCCCUGAGACAGCGGGACAUCUCGGAGGCCUCGUCCACCGAGUACUGCGACAACUUCUGUCAGGCUCUCAUGCACUACGCCGGGAGCAGGAACUCUGUAGAGCACGGACUCACACUGCUGGAGGUCUACUGUCUCUCCAUCAACUGCUUUGCGUCAGCGAGGCCACACUUGACGGCCAAUUCGUCCAGCGUGGCCCUCGUACUCAAGAGACUUGCGCUGAGCUGCUUUGAGCUGCUUUUGUCCGUGCCUCACAAUGAGAUCCCACUUGAAGCCUGGCUGCAGUUUCACGGCUCUGUUCAGGCGGCGCAUGAAGCUAUGCUGGAGUAUGGGAGCACAGACCUGCAGGCGCUGGUACAGAUCACUGGAGAGGGCGGGGCAUGGAGUAACCCUGCCCUCAUCACCCUUCUCACCAAGCAGCCCACAGAUGUUGAUGAAUUAAAUGCGUACCUGGGUCUGGAGGGAGGGGACUUUUUGGAGAUGAGGAUCAAGCAUCUGGAGAAAGUAGGUGAAGUUGAGAAGGCUCUGAUCCUCACUAAAGCCUGUGGCAACUGCAGCUUGUUGCCUAAUCAGGCCACCUUUCGUCAAACUUAUGUCACACAGCUCUGUCAGCAGCUGCCCAGUGAGGAGGCCAUUCUGGAGAUUUCCGGACUGGAUGGCAAGGAUGUUUUGGACAUCAUUUGCAAUAUGGAGACGGAAGGUGAUGAAAACACAGCCUUCAUCCUUUGCACAACGUACUUGACGCAGCAGCUGCAGAAAGGAAGCCUGUACUGCUCCUGGGAGUUGACACUGUUUUGGAGUAAGCUGCAGAGGAGGCUUGAUGGUUCUGUUGAAUCGUUCCUUGAACGCUGCCUCCAGUUUGGGGCUAUAGCAAAGACUGUCCACCAUCUGCUGUUCCUUAUUCGAGUAAUUCAAACUGAGGUAAUGCACCUUGGUCUUCCAGUGUCUGUUGAGCUUUGUGUGAAAGCCCUUCAGCUUCCAAGGCAAGAGUAUCCAGAAACCAAAACCACUGUCUGCAAAACUGUGGCCUGUCUCCUCCUGGAUGAUUUGGAGGUGCUGCGAGCAUGCCAGCUCACAGAAUUCCUUUUAAGCCCCUCUCCAGAGGUGUUCGCAGGCCUUGAGGAACUUUACAAACGUCCAGAUCAAAAGUAUGAUGAGGAGAAUGCUAUAAUCCCAAAUUCGUUACGGUGUGAACUGCUGCUUGCACUCAAAGCCCACUGGCCUUUUGACCCGGAGUUCUGGGACUGGAAGACUUUAAAGCAUUUCUGUAUUAAGUUGCUUGGACUGGAACCUGAGAAAGAGGACAGCCUUGUGGAGGAACAUGUCCAUAGUGUGCCCACUGGGCUGAACAGAGAAGAGGAACAUGUUGAAGAAGAAAAGCAUGAGGCUGAAGAAUGCAGCAGUUCUGAAGAGAAUAGUGAGCAGCACAAGAAAGAUGAAGGGACGUCGCAACGAAAAAGCUCAAAAGUGCUUCUUUGGACUUCAGAAAGAUCCAAAAGAUGGCUUCUGUACAAAGUACGUUGCGAGAUAUGCCAGAAGGAGGUGACUGAGUCACGGUUGUGUCAUCAUGCCAGAAAGCACGUGGAGAACGGCACGUGGACGUGUCCUGUAUGCCUGCAAAAAUGCGGAAGCAAAGAUGAGUUUGUGGCACAUUCCAAAAAACACCUCCAAAUGCCUCCAUACCAUCUGAAAAGGAAGAAAGUUAAGAAUAAGGUGAAAACCGAACAAAAGCUGGAAACAGGUGAAGAUGAUUUGAAAGACUUGGAACCCGGUGAGAUACUCUUGGACCCAUCCCCUGGUGUGUUAGAGCAUGUCAUGGAACCAACUGCCAUUGUGCCUAAUAAGGAAGCAGAUGACGACGAUUACAUCACAUUUGAUUACAUCAAUACUCACUAUAAGUUACAGGAUCGCGAGGUUUAUGUUUGCCCUGCCACUGACUGUUCAAAAAAUUUCAAACUUUUCAAGUACUUGAGCAUUCACUUGAGGAACGAUCAUGACGACACAGACCCAAACGUCAAACAUUACUUCGAGAUGAAUAAUCGCCGAGAGAAGUGCAUGUUCUGUCGGCGAACAUUUAUAACAGCCUAUCACAACCAGAAGCACCGCCUCAUACAUUACGGAGAUUGUCCUUACAUGUGCGUAGUUGCAGGUUGCAAUGCUCGUUUUGAAUUGAUCAACAAACUCAUCACGCACAAGCACAGACAUGGCUUUCGGCUGUCCUACCACUGCGAACUGAAAGGUUGUAGCGUCUCCUUUUGUGACCUAGGUCAGCUGUACCACCAUGAGGCUCAACACUUCCGAGAUGCUGCGUACACUUGCACCAGCCCAGGCUGUAAGAAGUUUUACUACUCUCGUCAGGAAUUUCUGAAACACAUAGACACCCAUGGCAUCUCCUUCACAGAAAAGGACUUCGAGGCCCAGAGGAAAGCGAGAAGGAAACUUUUGCUGCCUGUUAUAGAUGCCGACGAUUGCUCAAAAGUAUCCUUUGGAUCAAAAGGCGAAUGUUUAAUUGGUGAACAAACCAACCUCUCAUCACAACACUUGGAAAGCAAAGACUCCAAGGGUUUACUGACUUGUGUAGCUGUGUGUUUUGAUGGUAAAAAAUUUACCUGUGGAUUGGAAAAAUGUGGAAGGACGUUCAGUAAUACCAGAGAGAUCCAACAGCACUUGAGAAUUGUCCAUCCCAGCCAGUUGAUAAAACAAAAUACAGUAUGCCAAACCGUGGAAAAUGAAACUCGCUCAAAGGUUAAACCUGUGAAAGAGCUUAAUGGUCAAGAUAUAGGUCCUACAAAAGGAUCUAGGCAAGACCUGGCUACAGAUUCUGCACCGUGUGAUCAAACACCUUCAGCGAGUGGUAGUCAAACUGAACUGUCUGGCGCAUUGACCGAAAUUGUGCUAGGGCUUAAUCAGCUAAGUCUUAAUUGUACCACCUCUAGAAAAGUCAAUCAUAGUUCACAUUCUUCAGGGUCUAAAGUGCCACAGGUGACCUGUACUAAAACUGUGAAUGCUAUAUUGGAAACCAAAGUAACAGCAAGCAAGAUUGAGGUAGGAUCUCACCAAGCAGCUGCUGAUUUGCCGAAACAGCAGUUAAGGCCUCAGCCGUCUUGCAAGGCAGAAUCACCACCAACAUCGGUUAAAGAUCCUUCUUUUAAUUGCGUUAAACCAGAAAACAGCAUGCACAUAAGCAAGCCUUUCACUUGUGAAGUUGAAGGCUGCUUCUAUAAAAGUGUUACUAGUCAUGCGCUGAUGCAGCAUUAUGUCAAAAAGCAUGACUAUACUGAUGAGAAGGUGAAACAGAUGGACAUUUUUAACCCACUCAAGUUUAAGCCUUUUAAAUGCCACCUUUGCCCUAGGGAUUACAAAGAAAAGAAAGAGUUGAAGGCCCAUUUGCUUCAGAAACAUAAUCUAAGCAAGGACAUGGCAGAGCAAACUCUGUGCUCUCUUCCAAAGAAGGUUGGUGAUUCUCCACCUUCUGCUCUCAAGACAAUUGAGGUCAAUACUGACCAAAAGAAUGUGUCUACUGGGAAGAACAGGCUUCUAAAUGUAGACCAUUGUGUAUGGAAAGGCAACACUGAGAGAAGUAAUGGUGAAAUUAUGACCAAACACAAGAGGUUGAGGGGUAAACCCAUUUCGUCAUCACAAAAAGGCACUUCCGAGGGUAAAACGGAUGCAGGUGGAGCCUCACUGAACAGAAGGGUUAGCGAACGAUUGAUGACAAAAGUGAAACCAGACGAAGACAAACCCUAUUGUUGCUUACAUAAGGGCUGUGGUGCCGGCUUCGCUAAGAAGUUCAACCUUUUGCGCCACCUACAGGUUGUACAUUUCCACCGCUCCAAUCUUCGUUGUCAGAAGACUUUCCCUUGUAAGCAUGAUGGAUGUAAUAAGCAGUUUAAUCAUAUAUCCAGUCUGAACAGACAUUGCCGCAAAGGCCAUCCGGUAUCGGAGGAGCCGAUUCCGAGAUUCAAGUGUACCUUUCCUAAGUGCAAUGCGACCUACCACCUGAAGAGCAGCCUUUUGCGGCACACCAAUCAAAUACACCAGAAUCAGACUCCACUGAAGUCCACGGCUCCGUCAUCUAUCUGCAAGUUCAAAAAUGUGUACAGGCACUAUGACAACUCGGGUCCCCUUGUGGUGCGUCUACAAAGUACACACAAGCGAGAGGGAUCGAAUAGUGGCUGCCAAAAAAAACUGAUCAUCACGUCCAAUUCUCAGUCUCUGAAGGGCUCCAAAAGGCCAUCUUUAAGAUGCUCCCUUAAAGCUGAGGAGAAUGUUGAACACACUGAAGAAACCUCAGAGGAGGGACUGGAUGUCAAAUGUGUUAAACCAAAGAAAACCAAGGCCAAGUUUGCAUACCGAACACCUGAGGAGGCUUUGCAGAUGUGCCAAGACCGCUGCUUAUCAGUGGCUUAUCCAUGCAUGGUACAGAGCUGCAAUUCUGUGGUAUCUAGCAAGCGAAGCCUUCACCGACAUUACUUAAAGUGUCACAAAAUGCUUCACGUCGCUGUACACAAACAUAAAGACACACUUUUUUAUACUGCUGAGCAACUAGAAGAACUGAUACAGAAGAAAUCAACGGUAUCUGCUUUGCCAGAUUCAGACAGGGCUCCUAAUGGGGUCCUCAAAAUGGAGUAUCAAGCCAAGCCUAAGAACUCUGGGGUGCCACACCUUCCCAUGAGCCUCCAUUCUAUCAAAACCGAACAAGAAGCAUCUCCCUCGAGGGAUCCACCUCCAGAUUGCAGUGUAAUGAUUGGUGCAGAUGAUGUGCUUUAUGGGGUGUCUAAUGGCCACGCAGAGAAGCUUGUUGGCAGAGAGCACCAAACUCAGGAGGAGAGAACAAAAACUGACUCUCCUGCCCCUCCUCUUGUGCCCCCUCCACCGCUUGACCUUUCUCCACCAUCUACCCUUAGAAUAAAUGUCAACAAUGCAUCACUGGAGCCUUUAAGCAGAGAGAGCAGGGCAGUUAGUGUUCCUGCUACCAUCUAUAUACACACAAAUGCGUCCUUAACACGUCAUCCUCUAAGGGGGAAGAAUUCUGAACUCUCCGAGCCGUUACCUGCCGCACCUCAUCCACUGGCUCAAAAAGAUUCCAUGGUACCCAAUCUAGGUCAACGGGCAUUUGACAUGGCGGCUUACAAGCCAUUGGAUUUCGAGUCCUCCUUUUUGAAAUUCAUACAGGGGGAGGAAGAGAAAUCUCAAUUUGACCCCCUGCGGACAGUGGCAGUCUUAAACCCCUGCUAUAAACCCGAUGCUCCUCGCCGACGCGAUUCCUUCCGACACACCUACUCUGUCAAGGAGAACAAUUUGAGACGAUCCGGCAUCAGUCACAGUCGGAUGUCGCACUUGUCCCCCCUCAAGUCCUUGCUUUCCACAGACGAACGUAGUUCUAUCGAAAACCUUCGUUUUAUCUUGGAAAGGGCGUUAAUGGGCUGUGGUGACCAGGCAAUAAAGCAGCUUCAGUUCCUCAAGCCUGUGGUGGUCCUGGAAAGACCCAAGUCAUCUGCUUCCCUGCUUGAUCUUCUGCCCUCUGAAACACAAGCAUAACCUGCGCAAACGGCCACUUAGGACUGUGUAGAGAGUUCACUUCAUGUUUUUGUUUUCUUUUGUUUUUGGUGAUCCAAAAUACUUCCAUUUUUCCAUUAUCAUUACUACGACUUGGUUACUUGCCAAACUGCCAAGGUGAUGUAUCCUGAUUGCUUACCAGUCACAUGUUUAUUUGUGUCAGAAAAAGCAAAUAAAAUUAAAAAAUCUGGAUAUUAAAA